AUGCAAAAGAUCGUCGAGGGAAUUCUGGAGGCUCUUAGAAAAGACCAAGACUCGAGAGGUGCGACUCUCAUCAUAACGACAUCUGAUGCAUUCGACGAUGCGGUCCAGGGACCGGCGACUUCAGGGGAACAGCUAAACAUGUAUUUGCCUGGAACCAUGCAUCGAAGCAACUUCAAUGGCCCCGCGCUAGACGGAGUCAGAAGACCCGACUCUGGCCAGACUCGAAUCGCCGCCCGAAGCCAUCCAGACGUCCGAAGCCAUCCAGACGACCGACAACACAAUGGAAAAUCCGGGACACAAGAUCACACCGACGAAGUCGGGUAUAACCCCGUCCUAGGCUCCAGAAUGGGUGUGACAGCACUCCAAUUCCAAGUUAGGCGCCAUAGGCAAGAUCUGGAAGCUCGAGCAAGAGAUCCACGCGCAAGGGCAAUCUCUAACGAAGCGAUCAGAGACGACCUGCUAGGCCCGGAUGCAAGUAUUCAACACUGUGUCGACAACAUUCAAUCUACUGCUGCCGACACUGGUAUAUCCCAGAAUGUGGAAUGCCCCCAAGAAUUUGCCAUCCUUAUGGCCCGUAUAACUCGCUGCACUAGCGCACCUAUGCACCAACGACUAGAACAACUACGGAUGAAGCUUGUGGCACACAACCGCCUAGAUCGAUACCUUCUUCAUGCCAUGGUCUGGUCAGCUUUGGCUGGCUGGGUUUUCGAAUCGGAUUUCCCUGCGCCGCCCCCGGUAAAUCUAGUAGAUUGGAGAGUCAUCAAUCUCUCGAGCGUGCUAUAUGUUAGUAUAGGCUUCCUGCUUUAA